CCCCGCUUUCCUAUCUCUUACUUCACUUCAUUCCAACAAUCCAUGCAAUGUUCAAAAGAUGCGACUUUUGCGCCAACCUUUCCAUCUCUCGCUUAGUAAGUCUUGUAAAGGCUGAGUCGACAGUGAAAGCCCAAUCGACAGAAGGCUAUUUUCCCCAGCACGCUUUUUACCAACACCACGGGUCUGUCAAAGAUCUGCAAACCUCAGCUGAGCAAGGAUGUGACAUUUGCGAUUUUUUGGUAAAGUGUCUCAAAGGAUAUUCUGACCCGCACGACAUAUAUGCAGAGACAUGGAUUGGAUCAUCGUGCGAGCCUAGCGAGUCGAUAUUCGCCGCCGCAAUACGCUCCCCGUCAUCUGACAUUAAGAUUCGAAUUCUUCCCCGAGGAUCAACGCAUCUCGACUCGCUACAAGGUGCAUUAGCCCUAGACACACUCUGCGUACAUAUUGGCUCGAUUAUCGGGCAUCAACCAGACGAUGAAUCCGAGGUCUCUGAUGAAGAUGCGAGUAGUAACAUUCCAGACGAGCUUCCCAUCCUGCUAUUGAAGAUCAGCGUUCCCCCAAAUCAAAACGUUGUUGUUGAUGGGUACCGGAUUGGGAACUUGCAAGUCGACCCAGACCUGAACUCAGAACCAAACCGUUACCUAGCGAGGAAAUGGCUUAGUGAUUGUCAAAAUAAGCAUAGAAACUGCUUGCGCAAUGACAUACCUGAGCUCCCUACUCGCGUUAUCGACGUAGGGAGUACUGAUGGUACAAUUCCGAUUCGGAUGGUAUGCUCGAACCAACGACGCGCCCAUUAUGUUGCACUUAGUCACUGUUGGGGUGGUCAAAUUGAUACCGUUUUGACUACUGAUAAAGUGGGAUCGUUUGAAAAAAUGCUUCCAUAUGACGAUUUAGCUCCUAACUUUCAAGAUGCUAUCACAAUUACUCGCGUUCUAGGGAUCCAAUAUUUGUGGAUCGAUUCGCUAUGUAUCAUACAGGAUUCGAAGCGUGACUGGGAGAUUGAGUCGAAGAAGAUGGGACUUGUCUACCGAGACUCCACGGUGACCCUCUCGGCCAUGGCGUCCAAGGGCAGCAAGCACGGCAUACUUGCUAAUGAACCUCAGCUCAACGCGGCUUCUCCGGUACCAAUCAAUCUACCAGUGUAUCCCGACAACAAGGAACAUGGGAACACCGUCAAGAUCGAACGUGCUAUCAUAAACGAAGAGACCUUGUUUCGUUUGGAUUCUUAUGGCCCGCUCGGCAGUCGAGGCUGGUGUCUACAAGAGUCCAUUCUUCCGCCGCGCCAGCUCUACUACGGCGAGCGACAAAUCUACUGGCGUUGCCCAGCAGUUUAUGAUGCUGCAGACGGAUCGGUACAUGGUAAUCAAGUUCCCGAGAAUCGCUUUCCGAAUCUAUCUGCCGUAAUGCAUUCGGCAGUAUUGGCGCAACCAAGCUUCAUGGAGACUUCAGCAAUCGCGAAUACUCCCAGUGUUCUUGAAGAAUAUUAUAGGCUGGUUGAGCGCUAUUCUCAUCGCAGUCUAACCUAUGGGUCUGACAAGUUGCCAGCUUUCUCUGGUAUCAGUCAGCGCGUUCACGAAGCCUUACCAGGAGACUACGUAGCUGGUCUGUGGACGUGCGACAUCGCCUCCGGUCUUCUCUGGUACGCCCGACUGGAAAGCUGCGUUCACGUGAACACGUACCGUGCGCCUUCUUGGUCGUGGGCAAGCACAGAUGAGCCAAUAGAAUUCAGGCCGAAGAGAAAUCGAGUACUACACAACAAUCUCUCGCUCGACCUUGUGCGCGAGCAUAUCGAGUACCGCGAUCACAGCAAUCCUUAUGGCGAGAUUGUCUCUGGGAUUAUCGUGGUGCGGGGUCCAACGUUGCCGCUUCAGCGCAGUAGUCAGAUCGUGCAGGGAAAUCACUGGAGCGAUGGUGUUGGAAUCGCGUGUUACGAUGAAGCGCUAAGCAAUGUCAACAACGAAUCAUCUGUGGGACUCACAGAGUUUUGGAAUCUCUCCUGGACUUCAAACUACAUUCAACUCGUCAAUGAUGUAGAGCCUCCGUAUCUUCUGUCUAUCGCCGCCAGUCUCUCCGGUGAUCCACGGGCUCAAGAAAUAGAAAUCCAGAUCGGCGAGCGGACGAUUGCAGACGAGGAAGAGAUAAGGAUUGACCCUAGUUUAUUCUCGUCAAAAAAGUACAUUGCACUCAUAGUACGUGUUGAUGAGGUUGAAGACGUGGACGUGGGGUCGAGAACAUGUGCGCAGGGACUAAUUUUAAGAAAGCUCGACACGCCAGCUGAGCAAGGCACUAGUAAUUUUGAGAGGAUUGGGAUGUUCGAGUUUUCGGAUUUUCAUACUGACCAGCUUGCAUUGUGGCAAACAGUAGAAGUAGGAAUUAUCUAGUACUCCCACGUUGGCAAGGGCCUCUUUGCUGCGCCGUAUAGUGUGUUUUGUAUGUGGAUUCGCGCGGCUUUAGUGGAAGCGGAAGCGGAAGCGGAAGUGGAAGUGGAGGUUGAUGAUAACGAUUGAAAUUUGGAUGAGCACGGCUUAGUCUAGCAAACUAGGGUUCUAUAGUAGUGGGUAGCUUCGAGCGUGGGGUUUCGUAUGUACUUGAGUGAAUUGC